UUGCUCUGCCUGUUAACUUAGAGCAACUGAACAUGAAAAUAGUCAAAAGAAACAAACUAGUUUAGUCUGUACAGUAGAUGACCUACAAGUGCUGUGGUGACUACAAAGAUACUAUAUGGGUGGAUCUUUCAACAUCAACAGAAAGUCCUCAUAGCCCUAGAAGUGAGGUGUCAGCACACUAAUGGUGUCACUUCAGGAUGUUACACCCAGAUGAUACUGUACAGAUUUGAAUACCAGAACUCAAAUUUGAUUUAAACAGAGGCAACAGAAAGUGCUGAAAUACAAACUAACAGCAGUGGAACAGUAACCACUAAAUCGACACUAUUGCAACGAUAUUAACUUCAUCAGUGAAUGUGUCACAGCAGAAACAGAUUUUUAUGAACAAUUUUUUACAGAAAUCUUAAGCUGCAGAAUUCUUUUGUUCAUCAGAAAUCUUUGUGACUUCAGUGAGAAACAUGGCCAGAGAAAGAGAAAUAUUAAAGCAGAUUUUAGGACUUACCGUGGCUAUCUUGAUUACCCAUUUGUUUGAGGUGGAGACAAAUGAAUUGCAAGAAGCAAACAUGGCUUUACAGUUUACCUACAUAGAUGAGCCACAGCAUCACAUAAGACAAAGACGAGCAGUCCCAUAUACAGUCCCAUAUACAGUCCCAUAUACACAGGCUGAAAUUGAGAUACAUGCAUCAGACAUCUCUGUGAUCAAUGAGCUGAAGAUUUAUCUGAAUGAGCUUAUUCAAAAUAAUACUGUGAUCGACAAUGUGACAUUAGUUGAUUUAAGCUUCACCACAGUUUGCAACAUGUUACCAGGUACCACUGAUUACCAGUGUAAUUGUGAGAAUCAGUAUUUCUGGCCUUGUGACAAAUGUACAGAAUAUGGGAGCUGUAAUAACAGCAUCACUAACAACACAUGCAGCUGCAUCAAUGCUUUUCCAAAUAAUGGACAGUUCUGUCGGCCAAUCAGCGAGAUGACAAAUGCCACAACAUGUCAGCAAACAGAUGUGAAUGAAUGUGUUGAGAUUCCUGAGAUCUGUGGUCCAAACUCAAUCUGCAUCAACACUGCUGGGAGUUACAAAUGCUCGUGUAUGAGUGGAUAUAAUGUAACAGACCUGAACCUCCUUAUAAGCAUCAGUAACCCAUGCAAAGAUGUGAAUGAAUGUGAUAAGAUUCCUGCGGUCUGUGGUCCAAACUCAAUCUGCAACAACACUGAUGGGAGUUACAAUUGCUUGUGUAUGAGUGGAUAUAAUGUAACAGACCCGAACCUCCCUAUAAACAUCAGUAACCUAUGCAGAGAUAUGAAUGAAUGUGAUCAGAUUCCUGCGGUCUGUGGUCCAAACUCAAUCUGCAACAACACUGCUGGGAGUUACAAUUGCUCGUGUAUGAGUGGAUAUAAUGUAACAGACCCAAACCUCCCUAUAAACAGCAGUAACCCAUGCAGAGAUGUAAAUGAAUGUGAUAAGAUCCCUGUGGUCUGUGGUCAAAACUCAAUCUGCAACAACACUGAUGGGAGUUACAAUUGCUUGUGUAUGAGUGGAUAUAAAGUAACAAACCUGAACCUCCCUAUAAACAUCAGUAACCCAUGCACAGAUGUGAAUGAAUGUGAUGAGAUUCCUGAGAUCUGUGGUCCAAACUCAAUCUGCAACAACACUGCUGGGAGUUACAAUUGCUCGUGUAUGAGUGGAUAUAAUGUAACAGACCUGAACCUCCAAAUAAGCAGCAGUAACCCAUGCAGAGAUGUGAAUGAAUGUGAUAAGAUCCCUGCGGUCUGUGGUCAAAACUCAAUCUGCAACGACACUGAUGGGAGUUACAAUUGCUCGUGUAUGAGUGGAUAUAAAGUAACAAACCUGAACCUCCCUAUAAACAUCAGUAACCCAUGCACAGAUGUGAAUGAAUGUGUUGAGAUUCCUGAGAUCUGUGGUCAAAACUCAAUCUGCAACAACACUGAUGGGAGUUACAAUUGCUCGUGUAUGAGUGGAUAUAAAGUAACAAACCUGAACCUCCAAAUAAGCAGCAGUAACCCGUGCAUAGAUGUGAAUGAAUGUGAUGAGAUUCCUGCGGUCUGUGGUCCAAACUCAAACUGCACCAAUACUGCUGGGAGUUACAAAUGCUCGUGUAUGAGUGGAUAUAAAGUAACAGACCGGAGCAUUGCUGUAAACAGCAGUAACCCAUGCACAGUAGAACCAUCAAAACCAACAGUAAAGCCUCCAGCAAGAACAACACAAGCACCAACACUAACAGUUAUAAAAAUGUCUAUGAGGAUAAAUAUAAUUUUUGAAACCAGUCUCACCAUCAAAACUGAUCCGAAGUACAUUUUCUAUGUAACUAAAAUUAUAUUCGCGAUUGAAAAUAGUUACAAGAAUCUGCCUAACUUCAUUAAAAAUUCAGUUAAUGUCAUUGGCUUCAGGUCUGGUAGCAUUAUAGCAGACUACACAGUUACUGCAAACAGCACCAAUCUGGAUGUUACAGCUGCAAACAAAGAAGUUAAUGACACUCUAGCAAAGGCAGGAAUCCCUUUAGCUCAGGAUGCUUUUGCUGAAAGUGUGGAAAAAAAUCUGACAACCAAAGAUAAAUAUUAUCCUCAGCAAGAUGUGGAACUGAGGUGUACACGUCCUGAUUCUGUUGCGGGAACAAUGAAAUGGAGUGUGAAUGACAAAGAUCCUGCAGGAAACAGUGCAAAAUACACCAUUACAAGUGAUGACAUCAGUAGUACUCUUAUUGUAAAAGCUGCAAGUGAAAGUGACAGUGGUAGAUACUCAUGUAUCAUACAAAGCUCCCCAAUACCUUACAUUCAGUGGCAAACAGUAUCUAUUCAACCACAACCUAAUAUUAUAGUGGACAAAACUGAUAUACAGCUUCUGUGUCAAGACCAGAUUGUCCCACUGACAUGCUGUGCUGAAGGUUAUACGGUUGAGUGGUCUGGGAUUCCUGCUGAUGAUGUCGUGACAAAUUCAGGAUCUGGCUGCAUCACAUUACAACAUAAAAUCUUCAGCACAAGUUGUGGAUAUAAUAAAAUCUUCAUAUGCCAAUUAAAGGACAUGCCAGAAUUACAAACAUUUGAUUAUAGCAAGAAGACAGUCCAAGUUCAGUUAGCCAGUGCAUUAGCAAAUGCAGAGUUUAAGUGUAUAAAUGACACGCUUGGAGUUGGAAAAAUACAUGACACUGUUACGGGUCUAUGUGAAAAAGGCCUGGAAGGCCUUAUAACUUAUGAAUGUCAACAGAUUAAUCUCAAAUAUGACUGGAUACCUAUACAGAAGGAUUGUGUUGUUCAACCUAUCAAAGACCUUGAGAGGAAAGCUAAGGUUUUGUUUGUGGAGCAGAUUCCAGUGUUCAUGACAAACCUCAGUAACACUGCAGUGCAGAAUAAUACUGUGAUAACACAAUCUGCUGACACUGUGCAAACCAUUGUUGACAUACUUCAAACAGUUGCUGGUAUCUCACAAACUAUUAACAUCAGUCAACCUGUGAUGGAGGAUUUUCUUAAAACAGUGAACAUCAUUGUAUCAGAUGCAUCUAAAAACACAUGGACAGAAUUAAACAAUGGCAUCAAAACAGAAAACAAAAGCACUGAACUUCUUCAAGCUAUUGAGACUAUGAGUGAUCGGCUCUCUAAUGAAGAUUAUAUAAUUAAGGAAACCUCCAUUCAGUUACAUAGAAAAACAAUUACAAACUCAUUUAAUGAAACAUCUUCACUGCCAAACUCACAUACACAGAUUGUGAUACCAAAUGUUCUUAAACCGACCCUCAUAACUAUAAUUAUCUUCACAAAGCUUGACAAUGUUUUACCAACUCGAAAUACGUCUAAUAAUGACAACAAGACAUCAGAAAACCAGAUUAAUGGAGAUGUGGUUGUUGUUAGGGUUAAUAACGCAAUUAACAACAUUUCAUUUACUUUUGAUACUACAAAUACAUCAUUGACAAAUCCUCAGUGUGUCUUUUGGAACUUUUCUCUGGACCAUUGGGAUUCCAGCGGAUGUAAAGUGAAGCCAUCAGCGAAUAACAUGGUUACAUGUGAAUGCGACCACACAACCUCUUUUUCAAUCCUGAUGUCACCGUUUGCAAUUGAUAACCUUGCCUUAGCCUAUAUAACAUAUAUUGGUGUAGCUAUUUCAAUGGCCAGCUUGAUUCUGUGCCUCAUCAUUGAGGCGAUCGUAUGGAAGUCAGCAACAAGAAAUGACACGUCGUACAUGCGUCACGUCUCAAUAGUCAACGUUGCUGUGUCACUGCUGAUCGCAAACAUCUGUUUUAUUAUUGGUGCUGCGAUUGCAGACCAAGAGCAGCCGCCCUCAGUGGGUCGCUGCAGUCCAGUGGUUUUCUUCAUGCACUUUUUUUACCUGGCUGUAUUCUUCUGGAUGUUUAUUUCAGCACUUUUGCUUCUUUACCGCACCGUCAUGGUCUUUUCUCAAAUGUCAAAGACUAAUAUGAUGGUCAUUGCAUUCAUGGUUGGUUAUUGUGCACCUUUGCUCAUAGCGGUUAUUACAGUCGCAUCCACAGCUGGACCUAAAAAUUAUAUUUCAAAAGAAAAUGCAUGUUGGCUAAACUGGAAGGAAUCUAAGGCUCUGCUGGCAUUUGUGAUUCCAGCUCUGACUCUCAUCGCCUUUAACCUCAUGGUUUUGAUUGUGGUUGUGUGUAAGAUGAUAAGGAGAGGAGUUGGUGCUCAAUCAGAUGAGAGACACACUCUUGUGGUCAUUGCCCGAUGUGUGGCCAUUCUGACUCCUAUCUUCGGUCUAACAUGGGGAUUUGGCAUUGGAACCAUGGUGUCACGUAACUUCGGCCUUCAUGUGGUGUUUGCAAUCCUUAAUUCACUGCAGGGAUUCUUUAUUUUGGUGUUUGGAGUUCUUCUGGACAGCAAGAUCCGAGAGAUAUUGGCAGGAAAGUUUUCACUGAGGAGCCUUACCAGCUCUGAUCGUACCAGGAGCACUACUGCAGGACCUUCAAGUGGACCGCGUUUGUUUCAAAGGAUAAGGAGAAAUGUGUACAACGUAUCUGAAGCCAAUGCUUCCUCAGGACUAUCAUCUUCAAACAGCUCCAGUGAGGCAUAUUCUUCAUUGAGUCCAUAACUACUUCAUGAUCUAAAGCCAGAGGACCUUUACAAAACCUGUUUCCUUUCUGUUUCUGUUGCCUGCUUUCUAUCUCUCAUGAUAAAUAAAAAAAGGGAUAUGAAUUGCUAUUUGGUAUUUCAUUUAUCAAAACACAAACAGAGCUGUGCAACUACUGUAGACCCAUAUUAUUGAUACUAUAUCAACUUUCUGUUAUACUGUAAGUGAAAGUCGAAUCAUGCCGCUUAUCAUGGUAUUAUUAUUAAAUACAUUUUAAAUUCACAUUUUUAAAAAUAAUAUAUCGAAGUCUUAUCUACACUUUCUUGUUUUCAAACAAAUGCCCAAAAUAAAUGUUUUAAUAAUAGAGUGUCUUUUUGUUUUUUUAUUUACUCUUAUCUUGUUUUGUAUUUUACAUAUAUUGUACUACUGUGCCCAUACUGUACUUCUAUUUUACAAAUUGUUGCUGUAGAACACCCAUGUGAACAACCGAAGUAAUGUAAGUGAUGUAAUGUAAACCCUAAUUUCCAGCUGGACCCACAUACUUUUGGGGCCGAUUUAUCUCUUUCUUUUUAUGUCAUAACACUUGUAGAUGCAGCCUAUUUCUUUUUUAUUUUGCUUAAUUCAUUGAUGUUGCUGGGAUCUUUGUGGUGGUGUAAUGCAUUUGUUGAAAUAAUCUUAAAAUUACUUCGCCCCCCCAUGGGACACUUAAUCAGCAGCCCAAUGGUUCUUUUUAAACAACUCCCCUUUUGGGCUGUCUACAAGUGUGCAGCAUCUGACAAAAACGUGUAUCUGACAAAAAAAAUACCUAAUGUUAGUUAUUUUUGUAAUACAAAAAUAUUUUGCCUAGCAAACAGUAAUACUGGCUAUGCGUAAUACCUGAAAUUACACUUCUGUAAACACCACCAUCAACUAGGACAUACACACACACACGCGUACACACACACUUGGGUAUGUAUAAUAAAAGUGCAGUCUGUUUUCAUACAAAUUCUUAGUAUUUCUACAAUAAACUUUGUCACACAAAUAACUUUUAUGCCAUGUUUAAGAAUGCAGAUGACACCACAGCGAUUGGCCAGAUCAGGAACAAUGAUGAAUCGGCAUACAGGGAGGAGAUCCAAAACCUGUCAGCUUGGUGCUUUUACAACAACCUCACCCUCAAGUCUUAAAAGCCAAAGAGUUCAUACAAUCUAAAAGCAGCAGUCACUUCCCUAUUUUUAUCAAAAGGACUGAAGUAGAAUGUAAAUGUACUUAAUGCCAAGACUGAAGCACUGAACACUGCACUCUUAGAUAAAAAUUGACAAAAUUUGU